GUCAGUUGUCGGCUUGAUUCAUUAAUUUAGUUCUAUUUUCCACAAGCUCUUCGGAUCGGUUUGUUGCAUUUACUUGGUUCGCUCGUGAAAAAUUGCUAAAAACAAAACGGAAACUCUUGUAAUUUUUGUUUGCAGAUCUUUGGAAAAAUCUUCAACGAAAUCUUAAAUUAUAAACGACAUACGUAUAUAGAAAUGAAGCACACCUUUUUGCUGUUGCUUCUCAGUGGCAUAGCGUUGCUGCUUCGGUUCCAGGUCUAUGCCCAGCAUGAGGAUAUACCAUACCAGCCUGUGGCGAAUAUAUGCGAAACAUGCGUCUGCCUCAGCACCCAGGAUAGUAGUAAACGCAUUCAUCAAACUCUGAACUGUGCCAUGAAGAAUUUCGAACACAUUCUGGCACGUUGGCCCACAGAGUUUGGUACCCAAUCCACAGGAGUGGAGAUAGUUGCCUCCUACUCGGGCAAUCGUAUACGUCUCUUGCAGCAAUUGCCAGCCACAAAUGCAACAUUGACUUUGUCGUGUCGCCACUGCGGCAUGCAACAGUUGCAGGCGCCACUAUUCAUGGAUGUGCCCAAUGUGGAGGGUCUUUAUCUCAGCUGGAAUGAGAUUUCAGACGAGGCACUGAAACCUGAUCUGUUUCGUGGUCCCUUCAAGGCUACCAAAUAUGAGCCUAUCGCUCUGAAAGAUUUGGAUCUUAGCCAUAAUCGUAUUGCCCGUUUGGAUCGUAAGCUAUUCGAGCACACACCACAACUGACCAAGCUUGCUUUGGCCUAUAAUCGUCUCAAUGUCUUGGAUGCGGCCACCACAGCCUCAAUUGCUGCUGUGACCACUUUGCAGCGUUUGGAUUUAUCUCACAAUGAGAUGACAACGCUGCCAACUGAACUGUUUGGAACUCUUAGCAAUUUGCGUUUCUUGGAUGUGUCUGGAAAUUUAUUUGCACAGGUUCCAAGUGGCAUUCAGCUGUUGGGUAAAUCGCUGAUACAAUUGAAUCUAGCGGACAAUGCUUUUGUCGUUUUCAAUGCACAAAAUUUUCCAAAAUUGGAGGCAUUGCGUCGUCUCAAUAUCAGUGACAAUCGUUCUCUGCGUGUCUUAGAUCGAGGAUCUUUGAGAUUGCCCGCUCUGGAGCAAUUGGAUUGCUCUCAUAAUCCCAAACUUGAGCGUAUAGAGCUCGAUGACUUGGUGGAAAGUCGCAAUCUGACCCAACUGGAUCUCUCUCAGAAUGCAUUGACCACUCUCACCCUGAAUGCGAGUAGCAGCAAUGCAACCUGGUCACGACUUCGCAGCUUCGCCAUUGCUGGUAAUCCCUGGUUUUGCAAUUGUGAUCUCUUCCAGGCUUUGGACCUGGCCGAUAGACCACACAUUCAACAGUCAUCGGAUGUGGCACGCUGCGAUACGCCCUAUAUCCUGGCUGGUGCACAACUUUCUAAUUUGACGGCCGAUUACAUUUGCAAUAUGGUUAUACCGAAGAAAUAUCGAGCAGUCGAUGAGGAACCGCCACGUUUCCUGCGUCGCCGCUAUAUAAUCCUUACUGCCAUCAUUGCCAGCUUUGUUGUGGUCCUCGGUUUGAUCAUUGGCUUCAUUGUGGUGUGUGUGAGGCGUCGCCUAAAGGGCAGUGACUAUGGAGUCCAGCCCAUACGCUACACCAGUGUAAGGGGCAGCAACCUAUCAGCAUUCUCACAGCUCCAACCGGCUUCGGUUACCAGCAAAUUCCAAAAUCCAUCCAAUGCUGCUGUCACCGGGGCGGCGAAUGCUUGAGCCAUCAGUAAAACAGAUAGAGAGAGAGAAAGAGUAAUACAGUGUAUUAAUUUUUGAGCCAAAGAUGUCCACGAAUUGUUCCACCCACUGCAAAGAGGCAUGUGAGUGCUUAACCUGUACAUAUGUAUAUGUAAUUAAAAUGUGAGACCGAUCCUACCGAUUUGAUCCCAUUUUACUUUUAGUGUUUAGAGCUUGCCAUCCGAUGUUUCGUAUUGUACUUAAGUUCCGAUUAACUAGCAUGUAAUCAAUACUUAAAAUAAAUAACAAUUUUAUACAAA